UUGGUCUCCUGGCCCUUUAAAUGCGCUCGUGCUUUUCCGGCGGUUCCGAUCCCUGCGCUGCGGUGUGAGCGCGGACUGCACAGCCUCUCCUCCAUCUCCUCCUCCUCGUCGCCCCCCGCUCUCACACACAGACACACAGAGCCCUGAAACGCACGGCUCUCCCUUCCAGCCGCGUCCUCCGCGCUCCGUCUGCUGCCAGAGAACCACCCUCCGCAAAUGCAGGCCAUUAAAUGCGUCGUGGUCGGCGACGGUGCUGUGGGUAAGACCUGCUUGCUCAUCAGCUACACCACCAAUGCCUUCCCCGGAGAGUACAUCCCCACCGUGUUCGAUAACUACUCGGCCAACGUGAUGGUGGACGGUAAACCCGUCAACCUGGGGCUGUGGGACACAGCGGGACAGGAGGACUACGACCGCCUCAGACCCCUCUCCUACCCACAGACGGAUGUGUUCUUGAUAUGCUUCUCCCUGGUGAGUCCGGCUUCCUUCGAGAACGUCAGAGCAAAGUGGUACCCAGAGGUACGGCACCAUUGCCCCAACACCCCCAUCAUCCUGGUGGGCACCAAGCUGGACCUGAGGGAUGACAAGGACACUAUUGAGCGCCUCCGGGACAAGAAGCUGGCCCCCAUUACGUACCCCCAGGGUCUGGCCAUGGCCCGGGAGAUAGGGGCAGUGAAGUACCUGGAGUGCUCAGCCUUGACCCAGCGUGGCCUAAAGACGGUGUUCGAUGAGGCCAUCCGCGCAGUGCUCUGCCCUCCUCCCGUCAAAAAGCGUGGCAAGAAGUGCACCGUUUUCUGAGGGGCCCCUGGAGCUGCAGGGGCCAGUGUUUCUCGUAGGGGUGGGGGACACUUCAGCUACUACUUCAGUUACUGCAACAUAACAGUAAUCAGUUUUUCUUUGAGGGUAAAUCCCACUCUGUUCACAAGGUUACUUCAUACAUCGAAGCAAAGGGUUGGAAUGUGGUUAGAGUGCUAGGGAGGGAAGGGCAUUUGGGUGUAAAUGUAAGCCACCGUGUUUCGAGAACCGUCAAGGAACUGAAGAAUUUUGCCUUAACUGUUUUGAGACAUUAAUGAAAGGCACCGUUACAGGAGAGGAGACUGGCAGAACCUGGAUGUUCUAUAAAAGAAAAAUCACUAUUCGGUGUGUGUGUGUAUAUAUAUAUAGUUACCUUCAUAGGAAAGCCUUUGUCAUACUUUUGAGGGGAGGAGCAGAUGCAGACAAGUAAAAAGAACAAAACCUUUCAAUCCUUGCAGUCCUCAUUUGCUUUAAUUUGACAAGCUGUUUCUGGAGUUCAUUUAGUGGUACUGUUGCAGUGUGGACAUGCCUGUCUUGUAGCUUUUCAUUUUUAUACAUUGUUUGAAAGAUGUGAUAGUGUACAGUUAUGAAAAGCUUCCAUGGGGCUUGAACACGUCUUUCAGUUAAGUUGGAUCGCUUGACCGUGCGUGUUGAAGCUCUUCCAUCUUUCCAGGCAUAAUAAGCUUCUUAACUCAUACAUCAAGACAGCUCAAGGCCCUGUGUAUACAGGGGACCCCCCCACAUCAGUUCCUUCUAGGCAAGAAGAGGCCAUCUUUGCUCAUGCAAAUGUUUUAGCUGAAUUCUCAAUUAUUCUUUAAUGGUCACAGAGUACUUGAGCCUGUUUUGUUGGUUUCCAUAGUUUGUAACUUGUUUAAAGUGGUGCUCCACAGUGUAAGGAUUCCAUUAAGUUGCUGACUUUGUUGUAAAUUGGUGUCACAGUUGAUAUGCAUCCAUUGCCUUUAACAAGAUGCUUGAAUCCACAACUUGUAAACUACCCUUUAGGCUAGAAAGACAUGCACUCUGCUGAUGUCAACUCUUAGCUAAGCUGAUUUUUGAUAUCACCUGUCAGAUAUAAUUGGCUGGAACUGUACUAUUGUAGUUUAGUUUUAUGAGGGACUAGCAUGUCACAGACAACAUAAUUCAGCUGCAUAAUGUGACAUUUUAGGAUCUUGCAUUAGUUGCCAGACCUAAAUUUCCCUCCUUUAAAUCUUUGC